CCCAGGGGAACUGCCCCGGCAGCCAUUCUCUGCAGCCGGGACACGGCGGGGAGCGGUCCUGCAGCGGCGAGUCGGGCCCGGGACAGGCGCCUCCUCGGCCCUGGGGCCGGAGCGGGGCCGCUCCGAGCCAGCGGAGGCAGCUGGAGCUGCGGCCCGGGGAGCGGGGCCGCCGCAGCCCCACAGCCCCGGGCCGCCCCUCAGGGCCCCGCGCGGAAUGGCGGCAGCGGCGGGAAGGAGCCGGCGGGCGGCUCCGCCUCCCUGCCGUGCCACACGCGGCAGCUGCCUUCAGGAGCGCCGCCGGUGCUGUGGGGACACUGGUCCCACAGCUGGGGACGAGCCGCCGAGCAGCACAAUGCCGCGGAAUGCUUCAAGGGAGAGACUGCGUGUAUUAGCGAGUUAAGGAGCAAAGAAGGGCAGAGUUCAUCGGUGCCUCCCCUCGGAGAGGAACGGAGGGCCCGAGAUGGCACCCAGACGCAAGGCCGAGGCACCUGACCAGCCUGCCUGGGUUCUGCGUAGGAGAUGUCACCGAGAGACCCUCUAGCCUGGUACGGCCCUCUGCUGAUCGUGUGCUGCAGCCUUCAAGGUAAGGAUUAUGACAAGAUCCCUCAAGAAUCCCCUGGAGGAUUCCCUGAAGGAUUACCUGAAGUUCCAGAAGACCUCCUGACAGCUUGGGAUGAACCUUCAUCUGAGACAGAUGAUGAAAACCCUGAUGUGCUGGAAACCAUUCCUAUGGAAGAAAGUGACAGUGUGCCGGGCUCAAAUACAAAAAUAGAACCAAUACAGGAUACCAACCCACUUAUUGAGCCUCAGGAGUUUUCAGAUUCAGCUGCUGGGCAAAAACCUGAGACUUCUGGACACUGUGACCCGAGCAAGUACUACAUCCUAGGGACAGUAGCAGCCUCGGCUUUGCUUCUGCUUGGGGCAGUGUGUGGGUAUAUUGUCAUGUAUCAGCUGCUGAAGAGAGACAGGAGGACCCAGGAAGACAAAGAAGCACUAGGACAAGUCGACACUGAUUCUUCCUGGGAAAGCCACGGUCAUCCUAGAGGUAAAGGUGAAGCAGAGUCAGGAGGAGGACCAGGAAGGGAUGAGAAAGCCCAAGCCAACAGGUUCCGGGACAGCUGCCGCCUGUUUCCUGAGGUCUUUGCAGCAGAGCUUGCCCAGCGGUACAAGAACAUGGGCACAGACCCCUCACCUCUGCCCACGUGUCCCUUCUGUGGUCUGGCUGAUGGUGCCUCUUCACAGGACCACUGGAUUUCCCUGGACUCACCUCAGCCCACACCAUUCUCAUGCCCCUGCUGCCAGUACCAGCAGGAAUAUUUUAUAUUAGAGGAAAAUGAUUAUUUUAGUGAUAGCAUAUAAAUAAAUAUAUUUC